GAUUAUGAUGAAUAGUGUGAAGUAUAUUUGGUUAUAUUGCACACAACAUUGUCGUUGUUUCACUGUUUUAUAAUUAGGCCAUGUUUUAAAGCGCCUGUUAAUAAAGUGUUGGCUAAGUUGCGUAUUUGUGAACAGAAAAGCAAAUUAAAGGGUCCAGUGCAAAGCAAUAAUUUUAGGAAUAGCUAAUUUGAAUUUGGACCUGGCGGUCGCUGUCAGACGGAAAAGGAUGUGCAUGCGGGCAUUCUAGAAGAAGCAGCAAUAUGAUUAAGUAGAUGUGUUGUUAUGUACCUAAUAUUAUGUGAAAAAAAUAUAUAUUAAAGUUUUGUUAAUUCAUGUUUAGUUACCUUCCACAUCCUUUCUAUUAGGUCGACGUCUUUUACAGUGCCCUGCCUAUACUCCCUAAGUGUUAGUUAACUGCUUUUGAACUGCCCUAUUCCAGAAAUUGGGCCUGAGAAAUUGUGUACUCUAAAAGCGAUUAAAGAAACCAUACAACUUUCGAUUCUAGUUAGAAUCAGUAUAAUCUGUGGCUUUUUAACCUCAUUCUAACAUGCUUAUUACUUUUCUGUCAUGCAAUUUUAGGUCAGCAAGAAAAACUCAGUGGUCUAAUUACCUAACAUUAGACAAGUAGGUAACUAAGACAUUAAACUAGACGGGCUGUUGCUUAGCCAGCGUAUCGUCUCAGAAUCCUCAGAUGAACAAGUAUGAUGUGUAAUCCCAUAAUAAGGAAAAGCUUUGACGGAUCUCUGUCGCAUUGUACUGGUUCAAUUGCAAGGCGCACGCGCGCGGCGGUGCACCCGACGCGAUGAGAAUAGGUACUUGCACUUUAAUGGUACCCUAGAUACUAGCAAGUUCAAUGUCGAGCAACAAAAACUAAAGACGUGAUAUGACAACGAUUAGCCGAGUUGAUUUGAUGAAGCGACCGUUAUUAACUGGUUCCGUUGAGAAAUCUAGUUUAUUUGGUAAUACUAGAUUAGCAGGUAAUAUUUGGAUUCAAAGUACCACCACUAUUUCUUUUCGCUUGUAAAAGAAAAAUAGGCCUAAGAAUGACUAGGUAACGAAAUGUUAUAUAACAUUAACAAAAUAUAAUAUCUUGUGAAAUAAAGGGCUAACAUAUAAGGGCAUACUGCAUUUCAAGGUCAACCUAUGUUUUCUUUUACAAAAAUGCAGUGAACUUUUUCAUUCUUGAAAGCAUUGCUGCCAAAGUCUGAACAGUCCCAAACUCAUUGUACGGAUUUUCAAUGACCCUUCAUGAGAAUAUUCCUUCCUUAGAAUAUUUUCUCAUCUAUCCUACUUAGGCUACUUAUAUGUACUGGGACUGCCUGCGACAAACCUACUUUGGUCUGGUUAUCACCAACAAUUAUAAAUAUUUGGGAAUGAUCACCUUUCAUCAAUUUAUCAGCUUUUACCUUGUCUUAUCUAUACUACAUCUAACUGCUAACCUCCUCUCAUGGAUGAGAGAGAGAGUCUGGAAAUUUACUUCCUCGAAUUACCCUGCAGAAUUGCAGAUGUAGAAUGUAUAAUGGCUAAAGAUGGGUAGUAAUUAAAUACUCAGUAUUUACUCAAUAUAGCAGUUUUUACUCAUUUAUACCCAAAUUCGUGGGUAUUAAGUAUUUAGAGUGCUGAAAGGAACAUAUAAUAUUGAAAUAUUUUGUAAGACGCUACUGGAUUCACUAUUGUAAGAAAUAUUUUUUAAGGGGGCACUCCAUAUAUGUAAGUUGUAACUAAUUGUCACAAAAUAAUUCAGAUACCACCGUGUCACACAUCACUAAAUGGGACUUUAAAAAUAACUUCAAUGUUUCUUAAAACUUUAUGGAUAAAUUUAAUACUUUUGGGAAAAACCCGUUUCUAAAGGCCGAAAUAAUGGCCUUCUUACUUCCCGGCCUCUGUAGUAAUGUACUAUCUAGCAUCCAGUAUUUAGUUGAUACGUCAAUUAAAACCUACCGGUUAGCGGGAAGGUAGAGCAUGGUCACGGUUGUGAUGUUGAGCAUUUCUCUUCGGUGGCUGUCCCCGUCGCACGCGCCACUUCUGUCGCGCGUCAUUAAACUUCUCAACUGUCGUUCACUUUAUCAUGUUCACGCGGUUUGCAUUCAAACAUAACACAACAUGCUUGCGAUUUUUUAUGAAUAAAAAAUAUGUCUAUGAGCUUUAGUAAAUUUCUAAAAGGAUUGACAGUGAAUUUAUGAGUGUUACAAACAUGUGUGUGCUUAAGUGUGUUCUAGUGUUAUUAAUAUUAAUCACUAUCGAUAUAGUGCCACACGCCGAAGGAGAUCUUAUGUCGAUGAUCGACUUUCGCUACUGGCGCUGUGUUAUGAAACGAGAGUGGAAGUGUCCGGAUUCAGAAAUCAAUUUCUUCUUGUAUACGCCGGAACGGCCGUGGAAGCAAUGGAUCGACGUGCGGCACAAGGACCUCCUAGACGUGUACGGUUGGAAGCGGAGCAGGAAAAACGUGCUCAUCAUACACGGAUUCAACGGGACACAUUCUAAGAGUCCCAUGUCGUUUUUACGUGAUGCAUACCUGUCCCGCAAAGACUACAACGUGUUCAUGGUGGACUGGUCUCCGCUGAGCAGAUUUCCCUGCUACCUCUCGGCGCUGUCUAAUCUGAGAUUAACAGCCCAGUGCACAGCACAACUGUAUUCAUACAUAACGCAAGCUGGCGCCAUGGCCAAGAUGAUCACCUGCGUCGGCCACUCACUGGGCGCCCACGUGUGCGGUAUGGCGUCCGAACAUCUCACCAAGAAGCAGUACAAGAUUAUUGGCUUAGAUCCAGCGCGUCCACUAGCAUCCGCCUACGGCUCUAGCCAGUACCGUCUGACGCGGCACGACGCGCACGUGGUGCAAGUGAUCCACACGAACGCCGGCUUCCUGGGCGAGUCCGGCCUGAUCGGCCACGCCGACUUCUGCGUCAACGGCGGCAGGACUCAGCCUGGCUGUCAGGGGCACUUCAUGCGGAUAGCCCGAUGCAGCCAUUUCAUGAGUUCCUGCUAUUUUGCGGCGAGUGUGCGACAGAACAGGAGCAUCCGACUGGUUGGGGUGCCGUGCGACUCCAACUGCCCGAAGGAUCGCGGCCGCUGGGGCAUCCGUUUUGACAGGCGGGCCGUGCGAAUAGGCGAAGCCACUCCUGAUACGUGUCGAGGCAUGUACUGCGUCAGUCUAGAUCACGAAGAAGCAUGCCCAUUCGAUUAAUUUAAUACAUAGUAAAUGCUUUAUUAAUUUAAUAUUUUUAAUUGUACAUAAAAUUUAUGUAAUAACUUAUUUGAUCAAUACAUAUUCGUUUAAAAAAGUAAAUGUAUUUUAUUAGUAACCUAAUGCAUUCUUUCGGUUCUCCAGGAUAAAGCCCUUUUGAGUACUUCGAAAUCAUUUAGAAUGCUGGCUGUUAUAAUUUAUUGUUGUAACUAUGAAUUCGAUAUUAUAGUAAUAGGGAGUAUUAAUGCAAUGUUCUGCCACCAGAGUGCAGCACUAGCACCUUUCGUAACCCAUAGAGUAACUUAUACAUACUGUGCCUUAAACUGCUUUUGAUAAGUUUGCGCUGAUAAUAAACCAUGACAUUGAUGCAUCAAGAUGGUUUGUUUAGAAAGGGCCUUCCGGGUAACGCGAAAAUGGAAAUUUAGUUAUCUGCCUCUUCAUCGCUCGAAUACGCAAGAGGAAUAGAGAGGUUAGAUAACGAAAUUUCGAUUUUCUUGUUUCGCGGUAGACCCUCAAAUUGUGAUGGAUUGUGGUAGUGGCGCCCCCUACGCAGAGUUUCGCAUAAUAUUCCACAUUGAAUGGCCUGCAGUGAUCAGUGAUCACACAGCAUACGAAAGAUCAAAGUACUGGGGAAGCCCUUGAUAUAAAUGCAUUUAUGUACGUGAAAGUAGGAAUGCUGCCUUCUUUCCACUUCUACAAUUGAACCGACUUCAAA